AUGCUUUUGAGUGAGGUUGACAUUGUGUACGUGACUCAAAAGGCAAUAAAAGCACAAGCCUUAGCUGAUCAUCUUGCGGAGAAUCCAGUUGUUGGUGAAGAUAUUUCUCAGGCAUACCCUGGUAGGAGAGUAUUCUUUGAUGGAGCGACAAAUCACCAAGGAAAAGGUAUCAGAGCGGUCUUAGUAUCAGAAUCCGGUCAACACUAUCUUAUGGUAGCUAAACUCCGAUUUAAUUGCACAAACAACAUGACUGAGUAUGAAGCUUGGAUCCUAGGUCUGAGGAUGGCCAUUGAUAUGAAUGUUCACGAGUUACUGGUUAUUGGAGACUCAGAUUUGCUGAUCCAUCAGGUUCAAGGAGAAUGGGCUGUGAAGAAUCUAAAGAUCACACCGUAUGUGCAGUAUAUACGGAAGUUGUGCAAGAGAUUUCGCAAGAUUGAGUUCAGGUUUGGAGUGCCAGAAUCCAUCAUUAUUGAUAAUGGAGCGAAUCUCAACAGUCAUUUGAUGAGAAAGAUAUUUGGAGAUACUCCAUAUUUGCUAGUAUAUGGAACAGAAACAGUUAUACAUGUCGAAGUCGAAAUACCAUCCUUGAGAAUCAUCCAAGAAGCUGAAUUGAGUGAUGAUGAUUGGGUCCGCAAGUGA